AUGGUCUUGGGAGGAGCCCAGGACGGAGAGGCAGCAGCAAACACAGGGGAUUGUCACAAAGGCUUCAAACUCUGUCCAUUGGCCACCAUCUUCUUUGCAUUGAAUGCAAAUAGUUCUGAGCUGGAAGAAGAUGAUGAAGUUGUCCUUCAGUGUUCAGCCACGAUCUUGAAGGAACAGCUGAAGUUAUGUCUCGCUUCCGAAGGCUUUGGGAACCGGUUGUGUUAUCUGGAACCUACAUCUAACGCUCAGAAAGUCCCUCCGGAUCUUGCAGUAUGUUGCCUCAUCCUGGAACAGUCCUUGUCUGUACGAGCCCUACAGGAGAUGCUUGCCAACACUGUGGAGGUGGGUUCUGAGUCUUCUCAAGGUGGCGGACACCGGACUCUGCUGUAUGGACACGCCAUUCUUCUCCGGCAUUCCCACAGUGGCAUGUAUUUAAGCUGCCUAACCACAUCCCGCUCCCUGACGGAUAAACUUGCCUUUGAUGUGGGCCUUCAAGAAGAUGCAACAGGGGAAGCUUGUUGGUGGACCAUCCACCCUGCCUCCAAGCAGCGAUCGGAAGGAGAGAAAGUGCGUGUCGGUGAUGACCUUAUCCUUGUCAGCGUCUCCUCCGAGCGGUAUCUGCACCUGUCUACAGCCAGUGGAGAACUCCAGGUGGAUGCUUCUUUCAUGCAGACGCUUUGGAACAUGAACCCUAUCUGCUCAGGCUGCGAAGAAGGGUGCGUCACUGGUGGCCAUGUCAUGCGCCUUUUCCACGGCCACAUGGACGAAUGCCUCACCAUCUCCACUACAGAUCAGAACGAAGAGCAGCGCAGGGUGGUGAACUACGAAGGGGGAGCUGUCUGUUCCCAAGCUCGCUCGCUCUGGCGUCUGGAGCCCUUACGCAUCAGCUGGAGCGGCAGCCACAUGAAAUGGGGCCAGCCCUUCCGCGUCCGUCACGUCACCACCGGACGCUACCUGGCUUUGACCGAGGAGAAGGGGCUGGUGGUGGUGGAUGCGGAGAAAGCCAACACCAAAGCCACCGCUUUUUGCUUCCGGGUCUCCAAGGAAAAGCUGGACGUGGCCCCAAAACGGGACGUGGAGGGGAUGGGAGCCCCUGAGAUCAAGUAUGGCGAGUCUAUGUGCUUCGUGCAGCACGUGGACAGCGGCCUCUGGGUGACCUAUGCAGCCGCCGACGCCAAGGCACUGCGUCUGGGGCUGCUCAAAAGACGGGCCAUCUUGCAUCAGGAGGGACACAUGGACGACGCUCUCUCACUCACCCGCUGCCAGCAUGAGGAGUCGCAAGCAGCUCGGAUGAUCUACAGCACAUCCGGUCUUUACAACCAGUUUAUCAAGGGCCUGGACACCCUCAGCGGGAAAGUGAAGUCGAGCACCCCGGUGACCCUGCCCAUCGACGGGAUGAUUCUUAGCUUGCAGGACCUGAUCAACUACUUCCAGCACCCGGAGGAAGAGCUGCAGCACGAGGAGAAACAGACCAAGCUCCGCUCGCUCAAAAACCGGCAAAACCUCUUCCAGGAGGAGGGCAUGAUCACCCUCGUUCUCAACUGCAUCGACCGUCUCAACGUCUACAGCACGGCUGCUCACUUUGCUGAAUAUGCCGGGGAGGAAGCGGCUGAGUCCUGGAAGGAGAUUGUCAACUUGCUCUACGAGCUUCUUGCCUCCCUGAUUCGUGGGAACCGUGCCAACUGUGCCCUUUUCUCCCAUAAUCUGGACUGGUUAGUCAGCAAGCUGGACCGACUGGAAGCCUCCUCUGGCAUCUUGGAGGUUUUAUACUGUGUGCUCAUUGAAAGUCCCGAAGUGCUAAACAUCAUCCAGGAGAACCACAUCAAGUCCAUCAUCUCACUGCUGGACAAACAUGGACGCAACCAUAAGGUCUUGGAUGUCCUCUGUUCUCUAUGUGUCUGCAAUGGGGUGGCUGUCCGCUCAAACCAAAACCUGAUCACCGAGAACUUGCUCCCAGGGAGGGACUUGCUUUUGCAGACCAAACUUAUCAACUACGUCACCAGCAUGCGCCCCAACAUUUUUCUGGGCACCCACGAAGGCUCCACCCAGUACAAGAAGUGGUACUACGAGGUCAUUGUGGACUACGUGGAACCAUUUGUGACGGCGCAGGCCACCCAUUUGCGCGUCGGCUGGGCCAUGGCGGAGGGCUACAACCCCUACCCAGGGGGCGGGGAAGGCUGGGGAGGGAACGGCGUGGGAGACGACCUCUACUCCUUCGGCUUCGACGGGCUGCACCUGUGGUCAGGCCGCGUGGCUCGGCCUGUGGCCUCCCCCGGGCAGCACAUCCUGGGGGCGGACGACGUCGUGAGCUGCUGCCUUGAUCUGAGUGUCCCCAGCAUCUCUUUCCGCAUCAAUGGCUUCCCCGUCCAGGGUAUGUUUGAGAACUUCAACCUGGAUGGCCUCUUCUUCCCUGUGGUCAGCUUCUCUGCAGGUGUCAAGGUGCGAUUCCUCUUAGGGGGACGUCAUGGAGAUUUCAAGUUCCUGCCGCCACCAGGGUACGCCCCGUGCUACGAGGCCCUCUUGCCGCGGGACAAGAUGCGUGUGGAGCCCAUCAAGGAGUACAAGCACGACUUCAAUGGGUUCCGGAAUCUCCUUGGCCCCACGCAGUCUCUGUCGCACACUGCCUUUACCCCGUACCCAGUAGACACCAUUCAGAUUGUAUUGCCCCCACAUCUGGAACGGAUCCGGGAAAAACUAGCAGAAAAUAUCCAUGAACUUUGGGCUUUGACACGCAUUGAACAAGGGUGGACCUAUGGACCUAUCCGGGAUGACAACAAACGCCUGCACCCGUGUUUGCUGGAUUUCCACAGCCUUCCCGAACCGGAACGCAACUACAACCUCCAGAUGUCAGGAGAGACACUCAAGACUUUACUUGCUCUGGGCUGCCACGUGGGGAUGGCCGACGAGAAGGCGGAAGAGAACCUCAAGAAAACAAAGCUUCCCAAAACGUAUAUGAUGUCCAAUGGCUAUAAGCCGGCGCCCUUGGAUCUCAACCACAUCAAGCUGACACCAGCCCAGAAUACUUUGGUGGACAAGCUGGCUGAGAACGGGCACAAUGUCUGGGCGAGAGAUCGCGUCCAACAGGGCUGGACCUACAGUGCUGUUCAGGACAUCAAAAACAAACGGAACCCCCGCCUGGUUCCCUACAGCCUGCUAGACGAACGGACCAAGAAAACAAACCGGGAUAGCUUGCGUGAGGCGGUGCGCACCCUCAUUGGCUACGGCUACAAUAUCGAGCCGCCGGAUCAGGAAACCACUGGUCAAGACGCAACCAAAACUCGGUCGGAGAAAGUCCGCAUCUUCCGAGCCGAACAGUUCUAUGCGGUGAAGUCAGGCAAAUGGUACUUUGAGUUCGAGGCGGUUACCACGGGGGAGAUGCGUGUGGGCUGGGCGCGGCCCAACGUGCGGCCGGACGUGGAUUUGGGAGCUGACGAACUUUCCUACGUUUUCAAUGGACAUCGGGGCCAGCGCUGGCACAUCGGGAGUGAGCCUUUUGGACGCCCGUGGCAGCCGGGUGACGUGGUGGGCUGCAUGAUAGACCUUAACGAGAACAACAUCAUGUUCACCCUCAAUGGGGAGAUGCUGAUGAGCGAUUCAGGGUCGGACGUGGCCUUCAAAGAAAUUGAAAUUGGGGACGGCUUUAUCCCCGUCUGCAGCCUGGGUUUGUCACAGGUUGGGCGCCUCAACCUGGGUCAAGAUGUCAGCAGCCUCCGGUAUUUUACCAUCUGCGGCCUGCAGGAAGGCUUUGAGCCGUUUGCCAUCAACAUGAAGCGGGACAUCACCAUGUGGUUCAGCAAGAGCCUGCCGCAGUUUUCCCCUGUGCCAACGGAGCACCCUCAUUACGAGGUGUCUCGGAUCGACGGCACGGUGGACAACCCUCCGUGCCUGAAGUUGACCCACAAGACGUUUGGCUCUCAAAACGCAGUGGUGGAGCUGCUCUUCCUGCGCCUGAGCAUGCCUGUGGAGUUCCACGAGAAGUUCAAGGUUGUGGCCGGCACCACCCCGCUCACCCACGCCCUCACCAUCCCCGAGGACGAGGUCAAAGAUGUCGAUCUGGAUUCGGAGUUUGAGCAGCUGAAGAAAAGCGCCAGCCGCAAGGAGGCGGAAGAGGCCGAGAAGGAGAAGCAGGGCCCCGCUCCUCCGGCCACGCCCAAGGAGCCUCCCAAGGAGACCCCCAAGGCGGAGAACGAAAAAGAUGCCUCCACGGAGAAAAGCAAGACCAAACGCGGCUUCCUGUUCAAAGCCAAGAAGGCAACCACCUUUAUUACGCCCACUCCUGUAGUCCCUACAAUGCCCCGGCUGGAAGAGGAGGUGGUUCCGGAUGACCGAGAUGACCCAGAGAUCAUCAUGAACACCACAACGUAUUACUACUCAGUCCGGAUCUUUGCGGGGCAGGAGCCCACCUGUGUUUGGAUAGGCUGGGUCACCCCGGACUACCACCAGCACGACAUGAAUUUUGACCUCACCAAGGUGCGCAGCGUCACGGUCACCAUGGGCGACGACAAGGGGAACAUCCAUGACAGCAUCAAGCGAAGCAAUUGCUACAUGGUCUGGGGAGGAGAUUUUGUCAGCAACACCCAACAAACCCGGGUCAGCACGGUAGACCUUGUCAUCGGCUGCCUUGUCGACUUGGCGACAGGCCUCAUGACCUUCACAGCCAACGGGAAAGAGGUCAACACUUUCUUCCAGGUCGAGCCAAACACCAAGCUGUUUCCUGCUGUCUUCGCUCUCCCAACAAGCCAGAAUGUCAUCCAGUUUGAACUGGGCAAGCUAAAGAACAUCAUGCCGAUCUCGGCCGCCAUGUUCCGCAGUGAGCGGAAGAAUCCAGAACCUCAGUGCCCGCCUCGACUGGCCAUCCAGACGCUUACGCCAAUGACCUGGAGUCGGAUGCCCAAUGACUUCUUACGAGUGGAAGUUGCUCGCUUCAGCGACCGGCAUGGUUGGAUGGUUGAAUGCACAGAGCCCAACAUCAUGAUGGCUCUCCACAUCCCGGAAGAAAGUCGGUGCAUCGACAUCCUGGAGCUGUCGGAGCGCCUCGACCUGCUGAAAUUCCACUCGCACACCCUGAAGCUCUACUGCGCGGUGUGCGCCUUGGGCAACAACCGGGUGGCCCACGCCCUGUGCAGCCACGUGGACGAGUCACAGCUGCUGUACACCAUCGAGAGCAACCACCUCCCCGGCCUGCUGCGCAGCGGCUACUACGACCUGCUCAUCAGCAUGCACCUGGAGUCGGCCAAGCGCUCCCGGCUGAUGAUGAACAGCGAGUUCAUCGUCCCCAUGACGGACGAGACCAAGACCAUCACGCUCUUCCCGGACAGCAGCAAGAAGCCGGGCUUGCCGGGGGUGGGCAUGAGCACCUGCUUACGUCCUCCUCUCCACUUUGUGGACACCUGCUUCGUCAGCAUCAACUCCGAGUUCUACCAGCUGAGCCCCUCCAUCCCCUUGGACAUCCUGAAGGUGAAGGCCAUCAACAUGUUGACGGAGGCCGUCCAAGACGGCGGGCAGCACACCCGGGACCCUGUCGGGGGCAGCGUGGAGUUCCAGUUUGUGCCGGUCCUCAAGUUGAUCUGUACCCUUCUCAUCAUGGGCAUCUUCGAGGACGAGGAUGUGCGCCACAUCCUCAAGAUGAUUGAGCCCACCGUCUUCGGAGAGGCCAAGGAGGAAGAGGAGGAGGAGAAGAAGGAAGGCGGGGAGGAGGUGGAAGAAGGAGAAGAGCAGGCGGAGGAGGAAGAGUUGGCCGAAGGAGAGGAAGAGGAAGAUUACGCGGCAGAAAAAGAGGCAGGAGGGGGGCAGAAGGAGGAAGCCGAGGAAGGGGACGAGAAGGAGCUCAAAGCCAUCGAGGCCGGAGAAGCGGAAGCCAGAGAGGAAGAGGAAGGGUUCGAGGAAGGCCUGCUGCAGAUGAAGCUUCCCGAAUCGGUGAAGUUGCAGAUGUGCUACUUGCUGCAAUUCUUCUGUGACCGCGAACUCCAGCACCGCGUCGAAGCCAUCAUCGCCUUCUCGGAGCGCUACGUGGACAACAUGCAGACCAACCAGCGCAAGCGCUACAACACGCUGAUGCAGGCCUUCACCAUGUCGGCCGCCGAGACCGCCCGGCGCACUCGGGAAUUCCGCUCCCCCCCACAGGAGCAGAUUAACAUGCUGCUGCAUUUUAAGAACGGGGCGGACGAGGAAGAGUGUCCGGUACCUGAGGACAUCCGUGACGAACUGCUGGAGUUUCAUGCCGAUUUCAACAUCAUGAACAACAAGGUCUUCUACCAGCACCCCAACCUGAUGAGAGCCCUGGGCAUGCACGAAACCGUCAUGGAGGUGAUGGUGAACGUCCUGGGAGGAGGAGAUUCAAAGGAGAUCCGUUUCCCCAAGAUGGUGACCAACUGCUGCCGUUUCCUGUGCUAUUUUUGUCGCAUCAGCCGCCAGAAUCAGCGCUCCAUGUUCGACCAUCUCAGCUACUUGCUGGAGAACAGCGGCAUCGGACUGGGCAUGCGCGGAUCCACUCCCUUGGACGUGGCGGCUGCUUCCGUCAUUGAUAACAAUGAGCUGGCCCUGGCUUUGCAGGAGCAAGACCUGGAGAAGGUGGUGACGUAUCUGGCGGGGGCAGGCCUGCAGAGUUGCCCCAUGUUGCUCUCCAAGGGGUACCCCGACAUCGGCUGGAACCCCUGUGGGGGCGAGCGGUACCUGGACUUUCUGCGCUUCACCGUUUUUGUCAACGGGGAGAGCGUGGAAGAGAAUGCCAACGUGGUCGUGCGCCUGUUAAUCCGGCGUCCGGAGUGCUUCGGCCCGGCCCUGCGAGGGGAAGGCGGCAAUGGCCUUCUGGCGGCCAUUGAAGAGGCCAUCCAGAUCUCCCAGGAUCCUGCCCGCGAUGGGCCCACCAUCAAGAAGGACCGCCGUCGGGAGCUGUUUGGGGGAGAGGAAACCCACGAAGAGUACCGGGUGCAUUUGGGCAAUGCAGUCAUGUCUUUCUACGCUGCACUUAUCGACUUGCUGGGGCGUUGUGCCCCCGAAAUGCAUCUCAUCCAGGCUGGGAAGGGCGAAGCCCUCCGGAUCAGGGCCAUCCUGCGCUCUUUGGUCCCCAUCGAAGACCUGGUUGGGGUCAUCAGUCUCCCCCUGCAGAUCCCUUCGUUUGGCAAAGACGGCAACGUCAUCGAGCCCAAGAUGUCUGCCAGCUUCGUGCCUGACCACAAGGCUCCCAUGGUGUUGUUCUUGGACCGGGUCUACGGCAUCGACAACCAGGACUUCCUCCUGCACGUGCUGGAGGUGGGCUUCCUGCCUGACAUGAGGGCGGCGGCUUCUUUGGACACGGCCGCCUUCAGCACCACCGAGAUGGCUCUGGCCUUGAACCGCUACCUUUGCUCUGCUGUGCUGCCCCUCAUCACCAAGUGUGCCCCUCUUUUCGCCGGCACCGAGCAUCGGGCCAUUAUGGUGGACUCCAUGCUCCAUACCAUCUACCGCCUGUCCCGUGGGCGCUCCCUCACCAAGGCGCAGCGAGAUGUCAUUGAGGAGUGCCUCAUGGCGCUGUGCAGGUAUAUCCGGCCUUCUAUGCUUCAGCAUCUCCUGCGCCGGCUGGUGUUUGAUGUGCCCAUCCUCAAUGAGUUUGCCAAAAUGUCUCUGAAGCUGCUGACCAACCACUACGAACGCUGCUGGAAGUACUACUGCCUUCCCACCGGUUGGGCCAAUUACGGGGUCACCUCUGAGGAGGAGCUCCACCUGACGAGGAAACUCUUCUGGGGCAUCUUUGAGUCGUUAUCCCACAAGAAAUUUGACCCCGAACUGUACAAGCUUGCCAUGCCCUGCCUGUGUGCCAUUGCAGGGGCCAUCCCUCCUGACUACGUGGACGCCAGCUACUCCUCCAAGACCGAAAAGAAGGCCUCCGUGGAUGCCGAGGGCAACUUUGACCCAAAGCCGGUGGAGACGCUCAACGUCAUCAUUCCCGAGAAGCUGGACUCCUUCAUCAACAAAUACGCGGAGUACACGCAUGAGAAAUGGGCCUUUGAUAAGAUCCAGAACAACUGGAGUUUCGGUGAGACCGUUGACGAGGAAGCCAAGACAAAUCCCAUGCUACGGCCCUAUAAAACAUUUUCAGAGAAGGACAAGGAGAUUUACAGGUGGCCCAUCAAGGAGUCCUUGAAAGCCAUGAUUGCCUGGGAGUGGACGAUCGAGAAGGCCCGGGAGGGGGAUGAGGAGAAGAGUGAGAAGAAGAAGACGCGGAAGAUCUCACAGACACAGACCUACGACCCAAGCCACGGCUACAAUCCUCAGCCUAUAGACCUCUCUGGGGUGACCCUUUCGAGGGAACUGCAGGCCAUGGCCGAGCAGUUGGCUGAGAACUACCACAACACCUGGGGGCGCAAGAAGAAAAUGGAGCUGGAAGCCAAAGGUGGAGGCACUCACCCUCUCUUGGUGCCUUAUGACACGCUAACCGCCAAGGAGAAGGCCCGGGACCGAGAAAAAGCCCAGGAAUUGCUCAAAUUCCUGCAACUUAAUGGCUAUGCAGUGACGAGAGGGUUGAAAGACAUGGAACUGGACACGUCCUCCAUCGAGAAACGCUUCGCGUACGGGUUCCUGCAGCAACUGCUGAAGUGGAUGGACAUCUCGCAGGAAUUCAUUGCCCACCUCGAGGCUGUGGUGAGCAGCGGACGGGUGGAAAAGUCCCCUCAUGAACAGGAGAUCAAGUUCUUUGCAAAGAUCUUGUUGCCUCUGAUCAACCAGUACUUCACCAAUCACUGCCUUUACUUCCUGUCCACACCUGCCAAAGUCCUAGGCAGCGGGGGCCACGCCUCUAAUAAGGAGAAAGAGAUGAUUACCAGCCUUUUCUGCAAACUCGCCGCCUUGGUCAGGCACCGGGUGUCUCUCUUCGGCACCGAUGCUGCUGCUGUGGUGAACUGCCUCCAUAUCCUCGCUCGCUCCUUGGAUGCCAGGACGGUGAUGAAAUCGGGGCCUGAGAUCGUGAAGGCGGGGCUCCGCUCUUUCUUUGAAGGCGCCUCAGACGACAUCGAGAAGAUGGUGGAGAACCUGAAGCUCGGCAAAGUGUCGCAGUCUCGCACCCAGGUCAAGGGCGUGGGCCAGAACAUCACCUACACCACCGUGGCCUUGCUGCCUGUGCUCACCUCCCUCUUCGAGCACAUCGCCCAGCACCAGUUCGGAGACGACGUCAUCUUGGACGACGUUCAAGUCUCGUGCUACCGGACGCUGUGCAGUAUUUAUUCCCUGGGCACCACCAAAAACCCUUACGUGGAGAGGCAACGGCCGCAACUCGGGGAAUGCCUGGCACGGCUGGCCGCGGCCAUGCCGGUGGCUUUCCUGGAGCCCCACAUCAAUGAGUACAACCCUUACUCCGUCUACACCACCAAAUCGCCAAGGGAACGAGCCAUCCUGGGCCUGCCAAACUGUGUGGAGGAGAUGUGCCCGGACAUUCCCGUUCUGGACAGACUCAUGAAGGAGAUCGGCGGGCUGGCCGAGUCCGGGGCCCGUUACACGGAGAUGCCCCACGUGAUCGAGGUCACCUUACCCAUGCUGUGCAACUACUUGCCACGCUGGUGGGAGAGGGGCUCCGAAACCAACCCGCAAGGCCCCUGGUGCACCGACGUGACAUCCGACCACCUGAACAGCCUUCUGGGCAACAUCCUGAAGAUCAUUGUCAACAACCUGGGUAUCGACGAAGCCUCCUGGAUGAAGCGGCUGGCAGUGUUCGCUCAGCCCAUCGUCAGCAAGGCCAAGCCCGAACUGCUUCGUUCUCACUUCAUUCCCACCAUGGAGAAGCUGAAGAAGCGGGCGGGGAAAGUGGUGGCAGAGGAAGAACAGAUGCGUUUGGAGGCUAAGUCUGAAUCUGAGGAUGCCGAGCUGCUGAUCCGGGAUGAGUUCUCCGUUCUCUGUCGGGACCUCUACGCACUCUACCCGCUCCUCAUCCGAUACGUCGACAAUAACAGGGCCAACUGGUUGACGGUACCGGACUCUGAUGCCGAGGAGCUCUUCCGGAUGGUUGGGGAAGUGUUCAUUUACUGGUCCAAGUCACAUAACUUCAAGCGAGAAGAGCAAAACUUUGUGGUGCAGAACGAAAUCAACAACAUGUCCUUCCUGACGGCGGACAGCAAAAGCAAAAUGUCCAAGUCUGGAGACAGCCAGUCGGGGGGCUCUGACCAGGAGCGGACCAAGAAGAAGCGCCGCGGGGACCGCUACUCCGUCCAGACCUCUCUCAUCGUGGCCACCCUGAAGAAGAUGCUGCCCAUCGGCCUGAACAUGUGCUCCCCCACCGACCAGGAGCUGAUCAACCUGGCCAAGAUGCGCUACGCCCUGAAAGACACGGAUGAGGAGGUGCGGGAUUUCCUCAACAACAACCUGCAUCUCCAAGGGAAGUGUGAGAACUCCUCCUCCAUGCGCUGGCAGAUGGCUCUCUAUAAAGAGAUGUCUGGCAAAGCCGAGGACAGCAACGAUCCGGAGAAAAUUGUGAAACGGGUUCAGGAGGUCUCAGCUGUGCUGUAUCACCUGGAGCAGACGGAGCACCCGUACAAGUCCAAGAAAGCCGUGUGGCACAAACUCCUCUCCAAGCAACGCCGACGUGCCGUGGUCGCCUGCUUCCGCAUGACGCCGCUGUACAACUUGCCCAGGCAUCGAGCUUGCAACAUGUUUCUGGAGAGCUACAAGCUGUCCUGGAUCCUCACCGAAGAGCAUCCCUUUGAAGACAGGAUGAUUGAUGAUUUGUCUAAACCAGGAGAGGAAGAGGAGGAAGAGGAAGAAGAGUCAGAAAAGAAACCUGACCCUCUGCACCAGCUCAUCCUGCACUUCAGCAGGACGGCGCUGACGGAGAAGACCAAACUGGAAGAAGAUUAUCUGUACAUGGCCUAUGCUGACAUCAUGGCAAAGAGUUGCCACAUCAAUGAAGGAGAAGGUGAAGAAGAGGAGGAAGACGUUGAAGUCCCAUUUGAGGAGAAAGAGAUGGAAAAACAGAAGCUUCUAUAUCAGCAGUCUCGGCUGCACAACCGCGGGGCGGCUGAGAUGGUUCUGCAGAUGAUUAGCGCCUGCAAAGGAGAGCCCGGUGCCAUGGUAUCCUCCACGCUGAAGCUGGGCAUUUCCAUCCUGAAUGGUGGUAACGAGGAAGUGCAGCAGAAAAUGCUGGAUUAUCUGAAGGAGAAACGUGACGUAGGUUUUUUCCAGAGUGUCCAGGCACUCAUGCAGACCUGCAGCGUGCUGGACCUCAAUGCCUUUGAGAGGCAAAACAAAGCGGAAGGACUGGGAAUGGUGACAGAAGACGGAACAAUCAUCACUCGUGAAAAUGGAGAAAAGGUGAUGGCGGACGAUUUGUUCACUCAGGACCUCUUUCGGUUCCUGCAGCUACUCUGUGAAGGACACAACAAUGAUUUCCAGAAUUACUUACGGACCCAGACAGGGAACACGAACACCAUCAACAUUAUCAUCUGCACCGUCGACUACCUUUUGCGACUCCAGGAGUCCAUCAGUGAUUUCUACUGGUACUACUCUGGCAAGGAUGUGAUUGAAGAGCAAGGGAAGCGCAACUUCUCCAAAGCGAUGGCCGUGGCCAAGCAGGUCUUCAACAGCCUUACCGAGUACAUCCAGGGACCUUGCACUGGGAAUCAGCAGAGCUUGGCGCACAGCAGACUGUGGGAUGCGGUCAUCGGCUUUCUCCACGUCUUUGCUCACAUGAUGAUGAAGCUUGCUCAGAUGACCCAACCCCCAGGACUUCGAAAUGGCGAUUCCAGCCAAAUUGGGCUUCUGAAGGAGCUGCUCGACCUGCAGAAGGACAUGGUGGUGAUGUUAUUGUCUCUGUUGGAAGGGAAUGUCGUGAAUGGCACUAUCGCGAGGCAAAUGGUAGACAUGUUGGUGGAGUCUUCCAGCAACGUGGAGAUGAUUCUCAAGUUCUUCGAUAUGUUCUUAAAGCUGAAGGACAUUGUGGCCUCAGACGCCUUCAAGGACUAUGUCACAGAUCCGCGGGGGCUCAUUUCCAAGAAGGACUUCCAGAAGGCCAUGGAUAGCCAGAAACAGUAUACCCCUUCUGAGAUCCAGUUCUUGCUAUCUUGCUCGGAGGCAGAUGAAAACGAGAUGAUUGACUAUGAGGAGUUUGCCAACCGUUUCCAAGAGCCCGCCAAAGACAUCGGCUUCAACCUCGCCGUGCUGUUGACCAACCUCUCAGAGCACAUUCCUCACGACAACCGCCUGAAGACCUUCCUGGAGCUAGCGGAGUGCAUCCUCAACUACUUCAGCCCCUACCUCGGCCGCAUCGAGAUCAUGGGUGCCAGCAAGCGCAUCGAGCGCAUCUACUUCGAGAUCAGCGAGACGAACAAGACCCAGUGGGAGAUGCCGCAGGUCAAGGAGUCCAAGAGGCAGUUCAUCUUUGACGUGGUCAAUGAAGGGGGCGAGUCGGAGAAGAUGGAGCUCUUCAUCAACUUCUGUGAGGACACCAUCUUUGAGAUGCAGAUCGCUGCCCAGAUUUCGGAGGAGGAGGGGCAGGAGGAGGAAGAGGAGGAAGAGGAAGGAGAAGGGGCUGAAAGCGCAGAAGCCGAGAAGGCUUCGGCUCCCUCUGAAGCCUCCUCUGCCUUCGGGGAGUUCCUGGAGAGCGUGGUGAGCUUCUUCCGCCUGUUUACCUACCGCAACAUCCGCCGCCAGUUCCGCAAGAUCAAGAAAAUGACCAUCAAGGAGAUGGCCAUGGCGGUGGCCACCUUCCUCUACACCCUCUCGAUGGGCAUCCUCUUUUUCUUCUACAACGUCUUCAAAGGCAUCUUCCUCCUCCUCUGGAACACGCUCUUUGGCGGCGGCUUGGUGGAAGAGGCCAAAAAGAUCACCAUGACGGAACUGCUGGCCAGCAUGCCGGACCCGACCCAGGACGAAGUGCACGGAGACGUGGCUCCUUCCGAGGAGGUGGACCAAGUGGUGGAAGAGGGGGAAGACGUCGAGGUCGCGGAGCCCGGCAAAGAGGAGGCCCCCAACGAAGGAGGAGAGGGCUUUGAUAUGAAGAAAGAGCACUUCCGGUCCAUGGCUCCUGACGCCCCGGGCGGCCUCGGAGACAUGGGGGAUACCACCCCUGUCGAACCUCCUACACCUGAAGGAUCCCCCAUCCUGAGGAGGAAACUAGGAAUUGAAGGGGAGGAAGUGGAAGGAGAGCCAGAGAAGAUUGAGGAGUCCCCUGUCGAACCGGAGAAAUCUGAUGCAGAAAACGGGGAGAAGACAGCCAAGGAGGAAGGGGAAGAGAAGCAGGAAGAAGAGGAGAAGAAGGAAGAGCCGAAAGAAGUAGUCAAGGAGAAGAAGAAAGUGGCUCAGCGGGAGAAGAAGGAGCCCGAGGAGGAAGUGUCGGAGUUCUGGAAUGAACUGGAGAUCCAGAGGACGAAAUUCCUGAAUUAUCUAUCCAGGAAUUUCUACAAUCUCCGCUUCCUGGCGCUCUUCCUGGCCUUUGCCAUCAACUUCAUCCUGCUUUUUUACAAGGUGUCCGACACUCCCCCAGGCGAGGAGGAGUUUGAGGGUUCCGGAUUCGAAGGGGAGCUGGACGCCGCCUCCGGGGCUGGCUCUGGCUUUGGUGGGGACGACGACGGUGGGGACGGCAACGGCAACGGCGAGGAGGAAGAGGAGGACAGCGUGGUCUACUUCUUCCUGGAGGAGAGCACGGGCUACAUGCAGCCAGCCUUGCAGUUCCUCUCCAUCAUCCACACCCUGGUGGCCUUCCUCUGCAUCAUCGGCUACAACUGCCUCAAGGUGCCGCUGGUCAUCUUCAAGAGGGAGAAGGAGCUGGCCCGGAAGCUGGAGUUUGAUGGCCUCUACAUCACAGAGCAGCCGGAGGAUGAUGACAUCAAGGGCCAGUGGGACCGCCUAGUGCUGAAUGCACCGUCAUUCCCGAGCAAUUACUGGGACAAGUUCAUCAAGCGGAAGGUGCUUGAUAAAUACGGGGACAUCUACGGGCGGGAAAGGAUCGCAGAACUGCUCGGAAUGGAUUUGGCCAGCCUGGAGAUCACAGCACAGAACGGGAAAAAAACUGAGCCAGACAAGUCAUUCCUUACUUGGGUCACCUCUAUUGACAUCAAGUACAAGAUCUGGAAAUUUGGAGUGAUCUUCACCGAUAACUCCUUCCUGUAUCUCUUCUGGUAUAUGGUGAUGUCGAUCCUCGGCCACUACAACAACUUUUUCUUCGCCUGCCACCUCCUGGACAUCGCCAUGGGCGUCAAGACCCUGCGGACGAUCCUGUCCUCCGUCACUCACAACGGCAAGCAGCUGGUGAUGACAGUGGGGCUGCUGGCCGUGGUGGUGUACCUUUACACGGUGGUGGCCUUCAACUUCUUCCGCAAGUUCUACAACAAGAGUGAGGACGAGGACGAGCCCGACAUGAAGUGCAAUGACAUGAUGACGUGUUACCUGUUCCACAUGUAUGUCGGGGUGCGUGCCGGCGGGGGCAUUGGCGAUGAGAUUGAGGACCCAGCGGGCGACGAGUACGAGCUUUACCGUGUCAUCUUCGACAUCACCUUCUUCUUCUUCGUCAUCGUCAUCCUGCUGGCCAUUAUCCAAGGUUUGAUCAUUGAUGCCUUUGGAGAGCUGAGAGACCAGCAAGAACAGGUGAAGGAGGACAUGGAGACCAAAUGCUUCAUCUGUGGGAUCGGCAGUGACUAUUUUGACACGACGCCCCACGGCUUCGACACCCACACGCUGGAAGAGCACAACCUGGCCAAUUACAUGUUCUUCCUCAUGUAUCUCAUCAACAAGGAUGAAACCGAGCACACUGGCCAGGAGUCUUACGUCUGGAAGAUGUACCAAGAGCGCUGCUGGGACUUCUUCCCCGCCGGCGAUUGUUUCCGCAAACAGUAUGAAGAUCAACUUAGCUAAGAUGCCGCCUUGCCCCACGUGCCAUAGCGGGGGGUUGGAGGGGGGUGCCUGCUCCAGCCCCCCCUUCCUGGCCCUCCCGUCUUCUCUCCUCGGGAGAGGGGAGCAGGGGCAGAACUGGAGGGGGGAGUGGAAGAACAGCCCACCCCCAACCUGGCCUUUUUUAUUUUUCCUGGGGGAAAGCAGGGGAGACCGUCUCCUCCAUCUGUCCGUCUGCCUGACCUGUCGUUGUCAUUUUCCCUGAUGUCCUGCUGGCCCACCCCCUCUCCGACCUCCCGCCGCCCCUGAUAGCCGCCUGGCCAUGUUCCCCAGGCAGAAGGAGAAGGAAGGAUCCGAUGGUUCGGGGGUGGGGGUCAGCUGUGGGGUCUGGAUGGCUCCAUACCUGGCCAGUAACGAUCCCAUGGAGAUCCUGUCCCUUGUUAGGUGGGGGGUUGUCCAUGCAAUACUUCCCUUCUGGGGUGAAAGGACAACCCCACCCCACCCCCAGUUUCAAGUGCCUUUUAUAAACUUCCCCUAAGAAAAGAAGGAGGUCGCUUUCAGGCGAGAUCCGAAUGUUAAUUUAGGAUUAGGGAGGGGUCGUUUUGCUGCCCUCUCGUCUGCCAGCCUUCAAGCCAAGCCGUUGGGAGGAAGGGAAGCCAAGAGAGGCUGGCCUUCCUGGUCCAGGAUCUGAAGGAGGGGGUGGGGGGGUGCCAGCCAUGCAGCCCCUCCCACCUCGCUACCCCUGCUGGGCUGCCCUAACCUGUAAGGCGCCUCUCUCCUCUGUGGGGCGGAUGGUUUGUGAGGUAGGGGCAACUCUGUGCUACUGGCUUCCUUCUAGAGCUGGGGAGACACCUGAACGCCUCCCCCUCUACCCUUGUGUGUACAUCUGUGUGGGUGGGGCAGGUGGGGGGGAUACCACAUUUGAGUAAGCCUCCUUAUUCCGGGAGUCGUGGUCCCCGUCCCGCGCUGUCCGACCGGCCCACCCUCUGUGUCUUCCUGCCAGUGCCGUACAAACUUCUGCGCAGGCCCGUUAUGCGGCAGCUGUGAAUCCCGCGCCCUUCCUCUGCCAUGUCUCUACCACCGUGUCUCUUAUCGCCACCCGGCGCAGCUUGGAUCCCUGCCAAUAAAACCAUAGACUGCUGAUACCAGUGAGGGGUUGCCAUCUUUGUGUCCAGCCAAGAGAAAGGGCUCUGCCUCUUGUUUUUCUUGUGAGGCGGGCUGGGUUUUUAUCCCACCCACGCUCCUCUUUCUCUCUCCCCCCCCCCCGUCUCCCACCACCCGGGCCCCGAGGCUGAAGUUAGAUUCUGCAAGAGAGGCAGCCUGAAUCCUCCAGGGUUUUGCUCACACAGGGACCGAUCCGAGAACGGCAGCGUGAACUCGCAGGUCCACCGAGUGGCUGACUGAGCCAGCCCAAUCGACCCAAGGUUCUUUAAAAUCAGUCAAUACAGGAGGACCGCGGUAUCCACUGGGGGAUCCGUUCCAGAUGCUGAAAAACGCGGACGUAUCGAACGCUAUACAUUGCAUGGUCGCUGCCUUCCUCUA